UUUUUUUUUUUAAGCUUUUGGCUUUUCCUUCUCUGUACUAUAUACCCCAUUCAUUCUCUCUGGAAGUCUUUGCUAUCAUAGUUAAGCUAAUUUCAAGGUAUCAAUUUCUACACUCUUUAAACAAUUAUUUUUUUUUGGUGGGGUUUCUUUCAAUGGCACUUUCUUCAAUUUUGAAAUUAUUUUCCUUGUCAAUUUUCCACAAAUCCCCAAAGUUCUCAACUUUGAAUUCACCCUCUGCCACUGCCUCCUCUGCUGAGCAAUUCUACACUCACCUGCAGAGAAAUGGAACCAGCAACGUAGAAAAAACUCUGUCCACAGUUAAUGUCCCAUUGGACUCCAAAUGUGUCACUGAUGUCUUACAUAGAUGUCAACCAAACCAAUCUCAAAUGGGUCUUAGGUUUUUCAUCUGGGCUGGCCUUCAAUCCAAUUAUAGGCACAGUUCAUUCAUGUACAGCAAAGCUUGUGAAUUGCUUCAUAUUAAUCGAAACCCGGGUGUUGUUGUUGAUGUUGUUGAGGGUUAUAGGGUUGAUGGGGUUGUAGUUAGUCCUAAGGUGUUUAAGGUGGUUUUGAAUUUGUGUAGGGGAGGCAGGCUUGCUAAUGAGGCUUUGUGGGUAUUGAGGAAAAUGAAGGAAUUUGGUUUGCAGGCGGAUACUACGGCAUAUAAUGUGGUUAUAAGGUUGUUUUGUGAAAAGGGUGAUAUGGAUAUGGCUGAAGAGUUGAUGAAUGAGAUGGGUUUGAGUGAUCUUUAUCCUGAUAUGAUCACACAUGUAGCGAUGAUUAAAGGGUUUUGUAAUGUGGGUAGGUUAGAGGAUGCUUGUGGAUUGGUUAAGUUUAUGAGGGGGCAUGGGUGUGUUCCAAAUGCUGUGGUGUAUUCUACUCUUCUUGAUGGGGUUUGUAGGUUUGGGAGUAUGGAGAGGGCAUUGGAGUUGUUGGGUGAGAUGGAUAAAGAAGGUGGGGAUUGUAGUCCUAAUGUUGUUACAUAUACAUCUGUGAUCCAGAGUUUUUGUGAGAAAGGUCAGACAAUGGAGGCAUUGGAAAUUUUGGAUAGAAUGGAAGCUUUUGGGUGUGCUCCUAAUCGUGUUACAGUUAGUUGUUUGAUAAACCAUCUCUGUAUGGAGGGGUGUGUCGAAAAGGCUUAUAAAGUCAUUGAUAAAGUUGUUGCAGGAGGCAGUGUUUCAUAUGGUGAUUGCUAUAGCUCUCUAAUUGUGUCUUUGGUAAAAUAUCAAAAGCUUGAGGAGGCAGAGAAGCUCUUUAGGAAGAUGCUUGCUGGUGGGGUGAAACCUGAUAGUUUGGCUUGUAGCAUUUUGAUAAGAAAGCUUUGCUUGGAGGGAAGAGUGCUAGAUGGAUUUUGCUUAUCUGAUGAAAUUGAGAAGUUUGAGUUCAUUACUUCCAUUGAUUCUGAUCUUUAUUCUAUUCUUUUAGUUGGGCUUUGUCAACAAAGACAUUCAAUGGAGGCUGCAAAGCUUGCGAGGUUAAUGCUCAAGAAAGGAAUUAGAUUGAAAGCUUCUUAUUUUGACAGUAUAGUUGGACACCUGAAGAAAUUUGAAGAUGAGGAGCUAGUUAAGCACUUGAGUAAGAUUGGGAAAUAAAAUUCAGUCUGUCCUGGAGGAUCUUAUUAGUUGAUUUGAGCACUUUUGAGAUUACAGAGUUCUAAGUCUGUAAUCGUGAAGAAACAAGUUUGGAAUUUCAAGCAAAUGAAAGGCUUUGUCUUGUUUCGUCUGGUUGUGGAAUACGGAAUUCGGACGUGAGUGGAAGCAGUCAUCAACCAAUGGUUAACUGAGCUAAGGAUCACUUAGCUUCCAGAAGUUAUCUUAAAUUACCAAAUCCGCUAGGUUUGAUUGGCUUGUGGCAAAACCUUGUCUGAUGAGGUUGAUUGAGCUGACUGACAAUGGGAUGAGUAUUCACUUUUCUUGUUCCAAUUGAAAUCUUUGGAUAUUUCGGCUAACAAAAGUGCAGGCCCAGCUCUGGCAGACUUGCUUAAGGAAACGGCCAUCAUCGAGCUGGAUUGCUAAUACAUUCAAAUCACUAAUAUAUCACUUUUCCCUGCAUGGCUGCCUGACUGGUGACACAUUGGUGAUUUGAACAGCUGGAGGAAAAACAAAAAUCAAUAUAACACUAAUAGUGUAGAGCAUUUCCAUGAAGCUCCAAAGGGAAUAUUGUUUUGACUAUUUCUUGAGUAACAUUGUGAAUGUGGAGGAAACGAUCAGAUUAUGUAACAGUAAAUUGAUGAUCGAUUGCGUAGAGUGUCAAGAUGGAUAAUUUACUAUGGCUUGUCUAAAGCUUUGAAGCAAUUUGCAGGAGACAAUUCAAACCAUUGGCUAUGAAAUUUGGGUCAUAGUCAAGGGCUAGCACAUGGUUCAGUUGUGCAAAACAUGAUUUUAGCAUGAUAAAAGAUGAAAAGCUUUACAUGGAGGACAGGAACCAAGUGUACCCUAUGUUUUUUAAGCCAUCAACGGUAGACUAAUUUACUUUGAUAACCAUGGAAGAAAAAGAACAUAGAAAUGGUCAAUGCAAGAGAGGAUGGAUGUCUAGUGCCUGUAUGUGCUCCAAUUAGCCUAUGGAACAUGAAAGCUGGAUGACUAGUGCCUGUCAAGACCAUCACCAUACAACCUAAUGACAAUGUUGAGGAUAUAGCAAAACAUUUAAAUUCAACUCUGGCAUCCCAUAAAGAGACAGAGGACAUACCAAGAAGGGAGCACAGACGAGAGAGUU